UGCGGCGGGCCGUGUGGGUAGCGCCGCGAGCCCGCGCGGGAGGCCGCCGCGGCGGAGGGACCGCGGGUCGGGAUGUCGGCGCUGACCACCGACCCGGAGCAGGGGCUUCCGGAUCAGAGCGCGCCGGACGCUCCCAGCGCCGGGUUCGUUCUGGGGCUGGACGUGGGCAGUUCUGUGAUCCGCUGCCACGUCUAUGACCGGGAGGCGCGAAUCCGCGGUGCCAGCGCUCAGAAGGUAGAAAGUCUUUAUCCUCAAACUGGCUGGGUUGAAAUUGAUCCUGAUGUUCUCUGGGUUCAGUUUGUUGCUGUAAUAAAAGAAGCUGUCAAAGCUGCAGGAAUACAGAUGAAUCAAAUUGUUGGUCUUGGCAUUUCAACACAGAGAGCAACUUUCAUUACAUGGAACAAGAAAACGGGAAAUCAUUUUCACAACUUUAUUAGUUGGCAAGACCUAAGAGCUAUUGAACUUGUAAAAUCUUGGAAUAGUUCUCUUCUAAUGAAGCUGAUACACAGCUCUUGCCGAGUGCUUCACUUUUUCACUAGGAGUAAGCGACUUCUCGCAGCCAGUUUGUUCACUUUCACAACCCAGCACGCAUCUUUGCGAUUGGCCUGGAUUUUACAGAACCUGACAGAGGUGCAAAAGGCAGUUGAAGAAGAAAAUUGUUGCUUUGGGACUCUUGAUACCUGGUUGUUAUAUAAGCUCACGAAAGGUUCUGAAUAUGCCACGGAUUUUUCACAUGCCAGCACAACAGGACUUUUUGAUCCGUAUGAGAUGUGUUGGAGUGGGUUCAUUACCUCCCUGCUUUCGAUACCACUCUCUAUCCUGCCUCCCGUGAGGGACACAAGCCAUAAUUUUGGAUCAGUGGAUGAAGAGAUAUUUGGUGUGCCUAUACCAAUAGCUGCCUUGGUUGCUGACCAGCAAUCAGCCAUGUUUGGAGAGUGCUGCUUCCAGACAGGAGAUGUGAAAUUAACCAUGGGAACUGGGACUUUUUUGAACAUUAAUACUGGAAAUAACCCUCAACAGACUGUCGGAGGCUUUUAUCCAUUAAUUGGGUGGAAGAUUGGGCAAGAAGUCGUUUGCUUAGCUGAAGGCAAUGCAGGAGACACUGGUACUGCCAUUAAAUGGGCUCAACAAUUAGAUCUUUUCACAGAUGCUGCUGAGACUGAAAAAAUGGCCAAAAGUUUGGAAGAUUCUGAAGGAGUUUAUUUUGUUCCAUCUUUUAGUGGAUUACAGGCUCCGUUAAAUGACCCCCGUGCAUGUGCCUCUUUUAUGGGUUUGAAGCCCUCCACUAGUAAAUACCACCUUGUGCGAGCAAUAUUGGAGUCAAUAGCAUUUAGAAACAAACAAUUAUAUGAAAUGAUGCGGAAAGAAAUCCAUAUUCCUGUAACAAAAAUCCGGGCAGAUGGAGGAGUCUGUAAGAACGGUUUUGUCAUGCAGAUGACUUCAGACUUGAUUAAUGAGAAUAUAGACAGACCCGUCCACAUUGACAUGUCGUGCCUAGGUGCAGCUUCUCUAGCUGGCCUUGCUGUUGGGUUUUGGACUGACAAGGAGGAACUAAAGAAACUUAGGCAAAGUGAAAAGGUUUUCAGGCCACAGAAGAAAUGUCAAGACUAUGAAAUGAGUAUGGAAAACUGGGUGAAAGCAGUGAAACGCUCCAUGAAUUGGUACAAUUUUAAAACAUAACACUAAACGAAAUGAUCCCAACCGUAGAUGGCUGUUUGACAUGACAUGCAGAUGAGACAAAGUUCAGGAAUAACCAAUAGGAUGAUGAAUGAGAGGAGAUUUAAAAUGAACUUCACAACCUGAGAGACAAGCAUUGUUUUCAAAACAAACAAAAAACUUAUUUUUAAAACCAAACUUUGGUAAGAUUGUAAGGCAGCAAUACCUCAAAACUUUAUGUCCUUUGUUUUGUAGUAAAUUCCAAAUGAUGUCAGCCCUUUCCAGCCAUAUUUUGAUAGUUAUGGGUCUUCCUCCUUUUUAUACUGGGUCAGU